AUGGAGUCGCUCACUCGUGCUUCCAUGAAAAUGUGUCCCUUUGUGAAAUCAAGAUCCACCCAGGCUCUUCGCAAAAUGAGCGAGGCCCUGACCUUGAGUCAACAUGCCAAAGCUUGCCCUUUUAUGGGUGCCGCUAUGGCUGUUAGGGAGUACUCUCACUCUUCAAAGCCUGCUGCUGCCUCAAGUGCUCCUGCUGGGACUCCUCCAACCCGGAUUCCCGCUGGAUACUCCUUUUCUGGUAGUGACUUGGUUGCUAACACCAUGGAACUUGUGGACAAGGCAACGAAGGAACAGGCUUUCGACUACGAUGGGUUCCUUAGCAGCGAGAUUGAAAAGAAGAGGAAUGAUAAAUCGUAUCGUUACUUCAACAACAUCAACCGUUUGGCUGAGGAGUUCCCUAGAGCUCACUUGUCUUCUGAAGGUGAAAAGGUCACUGUUUGGUGUGCCAAUGACUACUUGGGCAUGGGGACCCAUGAGAAGACCAUCCAGGCCAUGAAGAACACUUUGGAUAGGUACGGCGCCGGUGCGGGCGGUACAAGAAACAUUGCGGGCCAUAACCGACAUGCCAUUGCUUUGGAGGCUGAACUUUCUCAUUUGCAUAAGCACGAGGCUGCGUUGGUGUUUAGCUCUUGUUUUGUUGCUAAUGAUGCGGUGCUCUCCCUCUUGGGUCAAAAAAUGAAAGAUUUGGUUAUCUUUUCUGAUGAGUUGAAUCAUGCUUCCAUGAUUCAAGGUAUACGUAAUUCAAGAGCGAGAAAGGAAGUGUUCAGGCACAACAAUUUGGCAGAUUUGGAGGAUCGUUUGUCCAAAUACCCUAGAAACACCCCAAAGUUGAUUGCUUUUGAAUCUGUCUACUCGAUGUGCGGUUCUAUCGCCCCGAUCGAGAAAAUCUGCGAUUUGGCAGACAAGUACGGUGCCAUGACCUUCUUGGAUGAAGUGCAUGCAGUUGGUAUGUAUGGCCCUCACGGUGCGGGUGUUGCCGAACACUUGAACUUCGAGGAACACUUGAAAGCUGGAUUGGAUAAGAUCCGUCCAGACUCAGUCAUGAACAGAAUUGACAUGGUGACUGGUACCUUGGGCAAGGCCUACGGUGUUGUUGGUGGAUACGUCACUGGAAAGCAGACUUUGAUCGAUUGGAUUCGUUCGUUUGCUCCGGGAUUCAUUUUCACCACCUCUUUGCCUCCUGCGGUGAUGUCUGGUGCUACUGCUUCAAUCAGGCACCAGAGAUCUACAUUGAUGGACAGAAUUGCUCAGCAAAAGAACAUUAGGUAUGUGAAGAACAACUUUGGAAACAUCGGCAUCCCAGUGAUUCCCAACCCGUCUCACAUUGUGCCUGUUUUGGUUGGUAACGCCGCAGAUGCUAAGAAGGCUUCUGACUUGUUGUUGAACAAACACAACAUCUACGUCCAAGCCAUCAAUUUCCCUACUGUUCCUAUCGGACAAGAGAGGUUGAGAAUCACUCCCACUCCUGGACACGGUCCUGAAAUUGCUGAUGAAUUGAUUGGUGCUGUUGACUCGGUGUUUGGGGAGUUGAAUUUGAAAAGAACCAAUGAUUGGGAAAGCGUUGGCGGUCUUUGCGGUGUCGGUGAACUUGAUGCGCCUGCUGUGGAGCAUAUCUGGACUGACGAGCAAUUGUCCUUGCGUGACAGCGACUUGAAUCCCAACGUCUUCGAUCCACAGAUCGCUCCUAACGCUGUGAGUUCAGGUGUUCCCUUGUAA